CGUUAAAAGAGAGAGAGGAUAAACUGGGGACUGAAGCCAUUUUUAAAGCUACUGAAGGUCAUCCUCCACUCUUUUUUGGUGCUUCCCGAAGCUCCACUUCCAUGCAUGACAUAAUCCUGACCAAUCCAUAAAAAAUAUUCGAAAAAAAUGGCGCUAUCCAAAAAUAUUUAGAGAUCCAGACAAACCCUUUCCUGUAUUGACAGACUGACAUUGACGUCUAUGUGUGAUGCCAUGAUUUAACAUCCUCAGCAGGGCUGCGCUCUUGCUCCAUUUCCCUGAAAGACCCUCAUCAUGAGCAUCAUCAGUGAUAGCUGCUGCUGCUGCUUUCUCCAACAGAAAGGAGAAAGAAAAGCGCGAGCGCACGUGUAACCUGGUCAUGCGCGCUCCAAUAAGCACAUCCAAGAUCAGUUUCCUCAUCCUGUCAGAUCAGAGGGGGGGUUUCCACCCGUGUCAUGAUCCUGCAGCGCACCAUAAUGCUCAAUCACGGUGGCACCAUCGUGGCGUUUGCGCGUUUUUUGGAUGAGAUGCGGCAAGUUGCCUGCAUCGAGCUGCAUGUGUGGAAGCAGAGGAGCAGACACGCUCGUCCAACCAGAGGGGCGGGCGUGCAGAGGGGGGGGCAUCCUCCCCGGGUACACACAAGCAGCGGCCACAUCCACGGCAGACAAAUCCGUGUUCAGUGACGUGUUUUUUUUUGUAUUAGCCUUUUUUUACGCACGUCCAGUUCCUCCCCAGCACAGACUGAUUUAAAUGAAAUCUAGAGCUCAACCCCCCCUGAGGUGCUUCUUCUUUUUAUUUUAUUCAUUCUAAUCAGCCCUUGUGUUUAUUUUCUCAUCCUCUGACUCGAGAGAGCCGUUAUUAGCCUCUCCACCGCGUCCCUCCAUCUCCUUCUCUUUGGGAGUGCGUCGCGCCACGAAGCUCUGAAUUUGAAUAAAGCUGCAGCAACAGACCCAAAGGAGAGCAGGAACCAUGGGUUUUCUUUUGCAGGGUUAACCGAACCAGCGAGCAGACCAAAAGCAGGACGUCUGUCCACAACGCCGAGGAGCUCCAACUUUCCAGCAAGACGUAGAAAAGAGACAAAGACACGAGAAGGAGCAUCAGAGCAAGAAGGGGAGAGCAGAGCAGGGUGAAAACAGUCGAUGGAUGCUGUCCGGAUUGAGGGGACAGCAGAUUCUUCACAGACGAGGAAAAGAAAGCUUUCAAAAUUGAGUCGAAGGAUAGAAACUCGCCGUCAGGCAUGGUGUGUGAGAAGGGGAUCCAGAUCCUCCUCACCACCGUGGGGGCUUUCGCAGCCUUCGGCCUGAUGACGGUGGCAAUAGGGACGGACUACUGGCUGUACUCUCGUGCCCUCAUCUGCAACAGUACAGCCAACGUCACCCAGGAUGAUCCCCAUAAUAAGGACAAGAAGGAUCCUGGUGCACUCACGCACUCUGGGCUGUGGAGAAUAUGCUGCUUGGAAGGAGUGAAGAGAGGAGUCUGCUCUCAGAUUAACCACUUCCCAGAAGAUGCAGACUUUGACCACGACGGUGCAGAGUACGUCCUACGGGUAGUCAGGGCUUCCAACAUCUUCCCGAUCCUUAGUGCCAUCCUGCUGCUUAUGGGAGGAGUGUGCAUUGCUGCUAGUCGUUUCUAUAAAAGUAAAAGGAACAUCAUCCUGGGAGCAGGGAUUCUCUUUGUUGCUGCAGGUCUGAGUAACAUAAUUGGUGUUAUCGUCUACAUCUCAGCGGCACUGGGGGACAUUUCACCGAAAAAAGAUGAGGAUAAGAAGUGGCAGUACUCCUAUGGUUGGUCGUUUUAUUUUGGAGGCCUGUCUUUCAUCAUGGCUGAAAUGGUGGGGGUUCUGGCGGUAAAUAUCUACAUCGAGAAGAAUAAGGAGCUCCGCUGCCGCUCACGCACCGACAUUUUCAAAAGCACCACACACGCCAUGCUCCGUCUCCCCAGCUACCGCUUCCGCCGCCGCUCUCGCUCCUCCUCGCGCUCCACUGACCCGUCGCGCUCUCGAGACCCCUCACCUGUAGGGGGAGUUGGGGGGAAGAACUUUGGCCUGCCCCCCUCUGCACUUCUCUCGCAGGGCCCCAUCUCAGUGUCCACCUUGCCUAACCCCCACUCUCGCUCUCACACUGCCCUGGCCGGAGGCGACAUCUCCCUCUACACGCUGUCCCGCGACCCCAAACUGGGGGGUUUGCCACCCAUGUACGGAACUGUGGAUAGGGCCACCCUCUAUCAGCUCCACAACUGCUUCCCAAAGGAUGGGACCGGAGGGGGGGUGAUGAUGAGUGGCACUCUGCCCUCACUGAAGACCCACAACCCGUCCAAUUCCUCCAACUCCAACGCCCCCAUGGCCAACUCAGUGGGCUCCGGCCCGCCACCUUUCACCUCAUCCACAAUCGACAGGGAGCGAGGGAUGGGGACCCUGGACAGGCUGAAGGGAGACAGGGAAAGCAAUUCUAACACCCUUAACAGAAAAACAACGCCUGUGUAGAGCAAGACGAGGAGAGAGGGAGAGGAAGGGCAUUGGAGGUUCAGAAAUCUAGAAAGAAAUAAGACCAAUUAUGUGGAUCAGAUAGAAACAAGUGAAACUUCUCCCUUCAUGUUCACUGUUAAAUAGUCUACUCAAUCUCACUGAGAACAAAAAGAAAAGUAAUAACUGAGCGAUAAUAACAACAACAAUGAACUUUCACAAUAAGACUAUUUUGAUAUUUCAAUGUGCUAGAAAUGAUUUAUUUUGUUAAUGAUCAAAUGCAAUUAACCUUGGGCUACUAUAGCAAGUUUUCACCUAAUUUCCAUACUACGUUACCACAAGUUUAACCAGAUUAUCAUUAAUGUCAAAUUGUUGUUGCGAUUAUUCUUGGUGUUAUUACAAGCUACCUGUAUUUGCCAACACUAGUCUGGAAUGAAAUCUUAUGUUUGCUUUCCUUUUUUUUAAUUUCACUCUUAUUUUGAAAAUCAAUAAAUUUUACUGUGAAUUCUUCCAUGCAGAGCCACUGGAGUGUACAGUGAGCUGUGUGUAACUGUGUCAAAGUGUCAAGCAUGAGUGUGCACAAAAAUGUGGGGGAAUGAGACUUGUGUUAUUUUUUUAACUCCCUAUAUGAUAGAAUUUUCAUUUAUAAUAUGAACGUAGAUGUGAAUAUUGUCUUCCAAUAUUAAUGCGAAAAGAAAUGCAACAAUAAUGUGAGUGACUGAGACCACUGACCGACUCAUUGUAAGUAAGAAUCAGAGUUUUCUAUGGGCCUCUGUUAGUCUUCUUUCCAUUCUACUCAGUGUUAACAGUAGUACUUGUAGCUUUAGUCGUGUUGAAGAUGUUUGUUCUUGGGCAUUAAGACAAAUCUCUGAUUUGAAGAAUCAGAAAUAAAAAAAAGAGACAAAAACACAUUUGUACAGAAGCCGGCGAAAGUUGCUGCCUGAGCAUCAUAGGAUCCAAUCAUGUUUUUGUAUCAGACGUCCCAAAGUGACACAUGCAAAUCAUUGUUUUUCUUUUUCAACUGCAAAAAAAGAAAAAAAAAACUGAGUGGGAGGGUUUCCAAAAAAAAAAAGAUAAAAGUGUACAUUGUAAUUUACAGAUUCAUGUUUUUUAUAAAUGCACCUCUCAUGAAUUUGGAGCAGGUUUGACUGAUGUGUUGUGAUUCGAGCCCCUCCCUCCAGCUCCCAUUGGUUGGUUUCAUCCACCAGCAUCCUCCCCUCCUCUUUAUCAUGUCAGCGAUCUUAUCAGAGUGGACCCCAAAAGUCUACUGGAAGAUUCUUUUCACUGUGCCCCCCCCCCCAUCACUAUGACUGCUGACUCUAAAAUGUUUGAGAAUGUAAACACAUGUAACCCCCCCCACACGCCCCCUUUUCUUGUCUAAACUGCCUCAAGCAGCUGCAGCUUCAGGGUAAAGACCUCUGAAACACCUGCUACAUGUCAAGAUGAAGAAACCUAAUAAUGACCAGAUGCUUCCAGAUUCUAUACUUUGUUUUUUCUUUCAUUUCAGAAAAAGGAAAAAUAUGAGAAAAAUGCGCACAGAUAGCAUUCAUGUGGGCAAUAUGAAUAGUAUGUAGUUGAGAAUAGAUAUAUCUAGACAAACAAUUAUGGUUUAUCUAAAUGUGUGAUAAACACUGUAUUGCACGAAGUUUAUAAAAAAAACAACAAUAACAGACAUAUUUACAGACUGCUGUCUUUUGUUUCUUUUUUUCUGAUCUUGUCUCUUGUGAAGUAGUGACGCCACACACGCACACAAACGAUUUUAUAUUUUUGAUUUUAUAUGUUUACCAUGUUUUCAUAAAAGAGAGCUUGUGCAAAAUACAAAUAACAUAAAUGGAGAAUGCAGCAAUUUCAAAA